AUAUUUAGGGAGAUAAAGGCAAGUUACAACAGCCUCAACACUGCUUUCAAAGCGCAAGGACGAGCAAAAUACGAGGCGGAGGACAUAGGCACAACAUGGGAGGGCGAAGCGAUAGAGAUGUACAAUUGGGGCGGCGACGAUAGUUGGAUGACCAUAAUAUCUCCCGAAGAAGGCCGGACGGAGAAGUAA